AUGCUCUCCCGCAUCCCCCGCGCUCUUCGACCCUCUGCCAUCCGAUCUCUCCGCGUCGGCCGCAUCACAGCUCCCGCAGCUUCAGCUCUCCUCCCCCAGCCUCAGUCUCAACCGACACCCCUUCGUCGAGGCUUUCACGCCUCCCCUUCAAUCCGCAAGGGUCUUCACCCUGAAUCCGCAGAUCCUCCCGCCCCAAACCCCCAGUCCAGCAAUGUCGCCGGCGCCGCAUACCACGUCACCGAGCCGUCGCCGUUGACGGACGGCGAGUACCACGAGUAUGCCGAACACUAUCUGAAUGUGCUCGAGAGGGAGGUGGAGACCUCUCAAGAGGAGGGGUCGGAGAUGGAGGCGGAGUAUAGCGCCGGAGUCCUCAACAUCAGCGUCCCCGCCGUCGGUACCUACGUCUUGAACAAGCAGCCGCCCAACAAGCAGAUCUGGCUGAGCUCGCCGAUCUCCGGACCCAAGCGCUACGACUGGGUGGUGGUGGGCGACCAGAUGCACGAGAAGCAGGACACGCGCCCAUUUGUCAACGGGCAGUGGAUUUACCUGCGCGACGGGUCGAAUCUGACGGAUUUGUUGAACUCCGAGUUGACGCUGAACAUUCCGAGGGAUGUGUACAGUGAGGAGUCGUCAUAG